CGGGCCCCGCCGCCUCCCCUCCGGGUCCAGUGGGGUGCGCGGUGCCGGGUCACUGCCUGCUCCGCGCGCCCGGAGCCUCGCAGCGCCCGGCCCGGCAUAGCCAGAGUGUGUGUUGGGGGGAAGGGGAGAAUCGCUACUUGCAGCACUCCAGAACAUUGAGAGGAAUUGCUAAUAGUGCAACCCAGAUGUUUACACUUCUAUUGGCUAGAUGUCAACCCUGCAAGCGAUUGCUGAGUGUCUCAUCCCCACCGAAUCAAGUGAAGGAUGGAAGCUUUGUACAGCAUUGGAGUUAUACAACUGAUACAAAAUCAAAAGUGGAGAACAAAAGAACUGUGGAGAAUCUCUACAAGUUAUCCAUUGAUAUUAAAAAAAUUCGGAGGCUAAAGCAGUGGGUCCUCUUUCAGGAUACAGCCUAUGUUAAAGAAACUGCUAAUACUUUACGAGAAAUGGGAGCUGAUAAGACUGCCAUAGUGAACAUUUUGGAACGUUGCCCAGAGGCAAUCCUCCGUACCCCAGCAGAGAUAAACUCUCAAAGGGAGUUGUGGCAGUCAGUAUGCCAAAAUGAAAAACAACUGGUCAAGUUAAUAGAACUAUUUCCAGAGUCUUUUUUUACUGUUGAACACCACGAGAACCAGAAAUCUAAUGUUCGGUUUUUUCAAGAAUUAGGUCUGAAAAAUAAUAUUAUCAGCAGAUUCUUCACAAGUGCACCUGAUAUUUUUCACAAGCCUGUUGAAAAAAACAAACAUAUAGUAGAGACAUUACAGAGAACGUAUCUAAAUUUAGGAGGUUCUGAUGCCAAUAUGAAGGUUUGGCUUCUGAAAUUAUUAAGUCAGAACCCUUUUAUUUUGUUAAAUACCUCCACAGAGGUUCUAGAGAACUUGGAGUUUCUCCAGAAGCAAGAUUUCACUGAUUCUGAAGUUCUACAACUGCUGUCCAAGCUUAAAGGUUUUAUUUUUCAGAUUAGCCCUAGCACGAUGCAGAAGAGCAUGUUUUUUUCCAAAGAUGUUUUUAAGUGCAAUGAAGAAGAAUUAAAAGAGCUAGUGUUGAAAUGCCCUGCUCUACUCUACAAUUCUGUUCCAAUUCUGGAAGAAAGAUUCAGGGGACUGUUGAAGGAAGGAAUUUCUAUAGAUCAGAUUAAAAAGACACCAAUGGUGCUGGAGCUGACAACUCAAAUUGUACAGUACAGAAUUAAAAAGUUAGCUGCUUUAGGAUACAAUAUAAAAAAUGGAAAUCUAGAAGAUUUGAAUGGAACAAAGAGAGAUUUUGAAGCCACUUAUUGCAAAAUACAAGCAAAGAGAGAGAGACCAAUGUUUAAUCCUGUUGCUCCUUUAGAUUAAUUUGAACAUCUUUAGUUUAUUCCAGAAAGGUAUUUUAUCCAUCCUUCCUUAAGGACUGAAAUAAAAUCAUAUCACCAGUACUUUAAAAAAUGUUAUUGUAUUACAAAAAGUGACCACAAUAAAAAGGUUAGCACUA